AUGGCCCCUAGAACUCGUUCCAACCGGGUAGAGAAAGUUGCUCUCCAGCAGCUCCUCGCAAGCGGACAACCUAUCAACACCCACGGCCUCCCCGCGCUCCCAGACGAGCUCUACCUCGAAAUCGCGUCCCAAUUCCCUGCAAUGCCUGUCCCCACCCCCGAAAUACCCCAAGGCUCCGAAGCCGAGAAGUAUCACGACAGGUACUUCACACUCUUGUCCCUGACACAGACAUGUCAGGCGCUUCGGCGUGUGUUUUUGAGGUAUCUAUGGCAGAGGAUCGAGGUAUACGAUGGGAUGAAGGCGGUUGAGGGGACACUGGGUAAUGGUGGACAAGGACACGGGUGGAGGUCUGCGAGGAGACAGGCUCUGGGGAAAGGGUAUGCCCAGGAGCUAGUUCGUCAGCUGGAGGUCGUCACGAUUCGCGACCCCAGUUUAGCGGUACAUGUGAAUAUCCUCAAUGUCACCGUCCUCGAAUACUCGUUCGAGUCCGUCAUGGAGGAACUCGCGCGCUGCAUCGCACUCUUCCCGAAUCUGCACACUAUACAGCUACAUAUCAAGGCUGCGUACAAGCACCGUUCCUUCAUGUUUAAUGUCUUCAAGCAGUACACCUACCCCCAAAUCCGUACCAUCUCUGUGAGCUCGUGGGGAUCACCUAUCAUAGACUCAUGUCCAAGGAUGGUGCGCCUGUAUUCGUUCACGGAUGUGCCCUGGUUGGGGUCUUUGGAUCUCGUCUUGAAGUACUCCCAACUGGAGGUCCUCGGCGCACCAUUGAGCAAGAAUUCGAUCUCCAAGUACUCGUUAGACUGUCUGCCACUUUAUCUACCCAACCUCCGAGACGUAACUCUAGAUCGACUUGCUCUGCGCCUUGGUUUUGAUUGGAUCAAACCCCUCAUGAAACUCCGCAACCUCCACAUAAUCCGUCUGAGGAUGGACAUAUCUUCUGGAUUGUAUCCCUCAACUCCCGGUGCCAGUCCCAGCGAACGCUCAGAGUGGGUCAAAUGGUCGCUUGAUAUACUAUCUCGGAAUCGGAAUCCUGAGGCGGUGAAUAAACGGGUGAUAUGGACUGAUUCGAAAGGAGAGGUCAAGGUGUAUAGGGUUGAGGAAAUUGCACAAGAACUUGAAAGCUAG